AUGUCAAACGGUUCAGUUUUAUUAGUCCUUUAUGAAGGUGGUAAGCACGCAGCAGAGCAAGAGAAACUAUUGGGUGCUAUUGAAAACGAAUUAGGUAUCAGAAAAUACAUCGAAUCCAAUGGUUAUAAAUUAUUGACUACCAUUGAUAAGGAUCCUGAACCAACUUCAGCAGUUGACGAACAUUUGAAAGAUGCAGAAAUUGUCAUCACAACACCAUUUUAUCCUGCAUACAUCACUAAAUCAAGAAUUGCUCAAGCUCCCAAAUUGAAAUUGGCAAUUACCGCUGGUGUAGGUUCUGAUCACGUUGAUUUGAAUGCUGCUAAUGAAAGGAAAAUUACUGUGGCUGAAGUGACUGGUUCAAAUGUUGUGUCAGUUGCUGAGCAUGUCGUUAUGACCAUUUUGGUUCUAAUUAGAAACUAUAACGGUGGUCAUCAUCAAGCUGUUAAUGGAGAAUGGGAUAUUGCCGGUGUUGCCAAGAAUGAAUAUGACUUAGAGGACAAGGUUAUUUCCACUGUCGGUGCAGGUAGAAUCGGUUACAGAGUUCUGGAAAGACUUGUUGCAUUCAACCCUAAGAAAUUGUUGUACUACGACUACCAAGAUUUACCAGCUGAAGCUGUCAAGAGAUUAAACGAUGUGAGUCAAUUGCUCAACGGUAGAGGUGAUAUUGUGCAAAGAGUUGGAAAAUUGGAAGAUAUGGUUUCCCAAUCUGAUGUUGUCACUAUCAAUGCACCAUUGCAUGAAGGUACUAGAGGUCUUUUCAACAAGGAAUUGAUUUCCCACAUGAAGGAUGGCGCUUACUUGGUUAACACCGCCAGAGGUGCUAUCUGUGUUGCUGAAGAUGUUGCCGAUGCUGUUAAAUCUGGUAAAUUACGUGGUUACGGUGGUGAUGUUUGGGAUAAGCAACCAGCUCCAAAGGAUCACCCAUGGAGAUCAAUGGACAACAGGGAUCACACUGGUAACGCUAUGACCGUUCACAUCAGUGGUACUUCUUUGGACGCCCAAGAGAGAUACGCUCUAGGUGUUAAAAGCAUUCUUGAAAGUUACUUCUCCAAGAAAUUCGACUACCGUCCACAAGAUGUCAUCGUCAAAGAUGGUGAAUACGCUACAAAGGCCUAUGGACAAAGGAAAUAG